CCCCGAGGUUGGUUGCCAUGGCGCAGCCGCGAUGACCGCCGCCGCGUGAAACGGGGCGCGCGCGAUGGAGGAAGAGGACGCGAGAGACUACAAUGAACCUUGUGGAUAUUGUUCUGCUGUCAGCUGGAGCGUAACAGAAGAAGGCAGAUUUUACUGCACAUCUUGCCACACUGUCAUAGAAAAGACUAGAGAAGUUCAAACUGGUGAUGUUAUUACUAAUGCAAGGGCACAGUCUAUCUCUAGAGGAUUAAGAAAAAGGAAGAAUAAAUUUGAUAAAGGCUGGGAAUGGUUUAUAUGUGAAGGUUUUCAGUAUAUUCUUCGAAAACAAGCUGAGGCGCUGCAAUCUUUAGGAGUUUCUUCUCAGAUUAAGGAUGAAGUUCUGUAUAAUUUUUGGAGACGAUAUCUUCACAAGAGCAAACAGGGAUAUGGUGACAAGCCUCUCAGUGAUGUUAGUCAUGAUAUUUCAUCUCACACAGACACUGAGACAGAAGUUGAAAGUACUAGCCCGAUUAAGUUGAUUUCUUCAAGAAGUGAUAUAGAUGUGAUAUCAGAAUUUAGCGCAGCUGCUUCUUCUUCUGUUAGUAAAGCAUCAGCAAAAUCGGGCUGGUCCGGAUCCGUGGACGGCGGUUCAUAUUUACAGAAAAAGAAGAAAGGGGAUCUGAGCUUGUCCAUGCCGCUUACUCUGGCUUUCUGUUCUCUGGCAUUGCUAUGGCUGAGGGAAUCCAUUACAUUAGCAGAUCUUUUAAGGUUGGUAAUGGAUGAUCACAUUCCUUACUUGAAUGCUUUCAAAGAGUUCCCAGAGGAGAUGAAAAUGUAUGGAUCUGACUUUAAGAUCUUUCGGGUGCAGUCUUGGCCUAAGUAUGAGGAUAUUUAUAAAAAAAUGCAUGCCCUUGCAGAUUUCAUCGAUCUGCCUUGUUUUCCAGAUAUAACAGAGGGCAGCUUUCUUCAUCCAAAUAUUCUUUGCAUGAAAUACAUGAUGGAAAUCAACUUGCCUGAUGAAAUGAAUAAAUGGACUUGUAAAGUGAUAAAAAAAAUUGGUGUUGGUGAAACAGACUUUCUGACGCUUCAUCCUGGCAAUAAAUCCACUUGGAAAGUGAAAUACGAUAUACUUGCCGUAGCUAUUAUUAUAGUAGUGCUGAAAAUUCUAUUCUUGUUGGAUGAUGAAUAUGAGUGGUUGCUAGCAAACUACACGGAGGAAAGAAACAAAAAAAAUGAAGAAGGUUGUCAGAUUUUUGAUAUUAGAAAAUGGUACAUGGUUGUAAAGAAUAUUCUGGAUGUGGAGCAGAAAAAAUAUAAUGAAGAAAGAAUCAGGCGUUUAUGGCGAUGUGAGAAGCCACUACUAUAUUCAGCCUCUGAAAAAUACGUUGUCCUCAAGAAGAAACAGAUGGUAAUGGAUCUUCAGAGGCAGUUUCGUACCCUGACAGGCUGCUUGGAACUAACUGAGAAGCGAAAACUUUCCCUUUUCCAGUUCAACUGGACUGAAGAAAGCACAAAAAAGGACUGUUUUCAUAGUCACAGUCUCGGAGCAUUUUUGCAACAGAAAGGGGACAUCUUCACCCCUCUGAACAGAGACUAUUGGUUGUGUUCAGUUAAAAAGUGCAAGAGAAUCAGCAGUUUGGACACGUCCAAAGCUUGGACAUCUCAUAGAGGGGAACAAAUAUUCCAUCGACUCCCUACUAUAGUGGCUCCAGAAAAAUCAAAGAUGUAAAAACAGAAAAUGAAAGUAUGGUUUCAUUUGAUGUCACAGCCUUCUUUAUUCCCAUUGGUCUGGGAACCAACUUAGUCCAAUACACUAAGACUGAAAUAACCAGAAUCAUACGCCUCAUCGAUCUUUGACUCACUACCAACUUUCAGUUUGAUGGACAAAUAGACCAACAGAUCAGAGCAACGCCCAUGGGAUCAUCACAUUUAAGGCUCAGCAGAGGCCAUAAUCCAACAUCAAGAAACUAGCACUCCUAUUCUAUACCUGUGCAUUUGGUUUUUCUUGCCUGCUUUGCCUCUAAUGGUUUCCA